AUGGUAAAAGCUUUGCCUCGGUCGAUAAAUGAUGACAAUGUCAUCACUGUAGAGUUGAAGCGUAAAUUCUGUUAUAAACAUGGUCGAAAAGAACAAGUCCGCCCGGAAAUCAUACGGAGAGCAGCGGAAUAUUUAGUAACGUGUGAUCUGUUUCGGACAUAUGGUAUAGAACUUGAAGGUUCAUGGACAAAUAAUGAAACUGAAGACACUGUCGAAUGUACCUGUAGUUCACCUGAGCAGGAGAGCAAUGUUGAUGAGAUCCCCGAUGUAAAUCCUGGUGGCACAGAAACUCUGUUAGAUGAAAACCAAGACCUAUCAAUAGUUAUGGCUCCAGGAGAAGGUGAAAGGCCAAUUUCCUUGCUUUUUGAUCGACAUCUGGAAGAGCUGGCUUUCAUAAAAGUACAUUGCGCUAUUGAGCGAAAAUACCUCGUGAACUUAAGUCAUUCUGAAGUCACACGUUCAGAAAUUUCCAGAAAUGACAGGCGAGCUGUAAGACCUGAUUACCUAUUUACUGCCCUGAAAAAGCAACAAACUAUUGCCGUCAAAAAUAAUGUUACGACCUGUUUACGCAAAAAAACUGCCCGAGGUGCCCCUGUAUUUGCAUGCAAUGUGCUUCAAAAUAAUUUUGUUGACAAUUUAGUUCAACAUGACGAUGGGUAUCGUGUUCUUGGAGGAAUUAGAAAUUCUCCUGCUCACUGGGAAAGUGAAAAGAAAAAGUUGUUGGCAAUGGUUAGACAGUUCGGUGUUCCCACUUUAUUUUUAACUAUAUCUGCUGCUGAAGUACAAUGGAUUCCAUUAUUAAUUUUGCUUAGUGAAGUAGUUGAUAAGAAAAAACUUACUGAGCUUGAAGCGGAAAACUUGCCAUACGAUACAAAAACUCGCCUUAUACAAUCCGAUCCGUUCAUUUGCGCCACAUAUUUUGAAAUCAAAUUAAAAGAAAUUCAAAAAACCUGGUCCUGUUCAUCUGGACCUUUCUUAAAUUAUAAAAUCACACACUUUUAUUAUCGCAUUGAAUUUCAGCAUAGAGGAUCGCCUCAUGCUCAUAUGAUGUUAUGGUUAGACGAAGCGCCCACUUUUGUACCCGGUGAUACAGCAUCUGCUCGUGAUAUUUCCAAAUUUGUUGACAAUAUUAUUUCCUGUAACAGCACUGAAGUACCUGAUGAACUUAGACGUCUACAACUACAUAAACAUACACAUACAUGCCGGCCAACAUCAGAUAGACUGUGUCGCUUUGGAAUACCAUUUUUCCCCAUGGAUAAAACAAAAGUAUUAAAAGAACUUUCAAAAGACGAUCCAGAGUUCAAAAAGUCAAAACAAUUGGCAAAAGACAUCUGCCAAAAAAUACAAAAUAUCCCUGCAGAAAUAUACACUUUCGUUGAUUUUUUGGACUGGAUUAGAUAUAUAUUGUUGACUAUAUUAACAAGGCUGACCGAGGGAUGUCUCGUCUUUUGCGUGAAGCUUUGGACGAAGCUAAAAAAAGGAAAUAAAAGUGUUAAAGACUCAUUAAGAAUAGUAUCUAAUGUAUUCUUAAAUUCUAGUGAGAUCUCUGCUCAAGAGGCAAUUUAUGUACUGACUGGUUUACCACUGUCACGAGCUAGUGAAGCUGCAAUGUACAUAAACACUAGUUUGCCACAAGAGCGAGUGCAUAUUUUAAAAAGUUACCUUGAUUUGCAAAGCCUCGCACCUGAUUCUUCCGAUAUAUUCCAAAAGGGUAUUAUUGAUUAUUAUUCAAAACGACCACUAUCGUUAGAAAACAUAAGUCUUUCCCAUUUUGUAGCAUAUUACACCUAUUCCAAAAAAACUCAUUCAGCUAGUUCAAUAGAAACUCUCAAUGACAGUUCUCAAGCAAUUAAUUAUUCCCAGGCUGUUGAAGAAGUUGAAGCGGAAGGGAAUUGGAUUCCUUUGCAAGAUAAUUUAGGAUACAUACGGAAAAGAACUAAAACUCGAGUAAUACGAUUUCGCCGGUACAGUUACAUUGAUGAUCCAGACAAUUUCUAUAGGGAACAGAUAAUGCUAUACAUCCCUUGGCGAAGCGAGGAGGAAGAAUUACUAAAUCCCAACAUAAAUAUAAAGGACAUAUUUGACGAGUAUAAAGAAAGAAUAAAGGCCGAAAGUAAACAAUUCAAUAAACUAGGUGAUGCUGAAAUGUUUGAAACAUUGCUAACAGAAAUAAGAAAUGUAGAAUUAAUAAACGAAGAAGAAGAUUUGCAAGGAAGAGGAGUCAACGUGGAUGUAUUUGAAGGCUUUGAAUUUGAGACGCAAACAGUAGAUAUAGCAGAAGAACUCAUUCCAGGCGGUAAUCCCGGGCCGCAAUUGUGUGGUGACCCCUCAACUUUCAUUGCGCAACCACCUGUCUUGUCCCAUGACGAUUUUUUGAUUCUUACUAGAAAACUAAAUGAUGCUCAAAGAGACACGUUGUUUCAUAUUUAUCAACACUUUUCCAUUACUUCUCCACAUCCACUAUAUUUAUUUAUCAGUGGUGGGGCUGGCGUUGGCAAAAGUAUUCUGAUUAAAGCAAUUUAUCAAUGCCUAACUCUCUUAUUUAACAGAGAAGCUGGUAGUAAUCCCGAUGAAUUAAAAAUACUUUUAACAGCUUUUACCGGUAAAGCUGCAUUCGGAAUAGGAGGGCAAACAAUCCAUAGCGCACUUGGACUUCCAGUGUCUCAAGCGGGCAAUAUUUUACCAGAGCUGUCACCAAGUGUGGCCAAUACUCUGGCCACAAAACUAGCAAAACUACGUUUAAUUGUAAUUGAUGAAAUUUCAAUGCUAGGAUCCAGGACAUUCCAUCAAAUAAAUCGUAGACUUCAGCAAAUAUUUCAUUCUUCUACCUUCUUUUCUGGAAUUUCAGUGAUAGUAGUUGGAGACUUCAGACAAUUACCACCUGUUGGCGACAACUGGGUGUUUCAAGCUAAUUCUCGAAAUCCUUUAGCAGAAAUAGCAGGUACGCCGCUUUGGGAUUUAUUUGUACUGACAGAGCUUAAAGAAAUAAUGCGUCAAAGGGAUGAUGUUGCCUUUGCCACGGCAUUAAAUAAUAUGGCUAGUGGAUGUAUGUCACCUGAAGAUGUCAAUUUAAUUGAAGGUCGGUGCUUUAGUAAAUCAUCACUUCCAGACACGUGUAAGGGCGCAGUUCAUCUAUUCAGCAGUAACCGAGAAGUUGAUGGGCAUAAUUCUAAAAUACUCUCAAAUAUGACUACCGAAGGAGCGAUAUCCCGGGCUGUGGAUAGAGUAAGUGGCGAAGCUAAUCCUGCUAUGAAAGAAAAAGCUCUAAACACAGUUGCCAAGUUACCCACGUCUCAAACCUACGGAUUACCUAAUGCUAUAACUUUAAAAAUCACGGCUAAAUAUAUGAUGACAGUAAAUAUUAACACGUCAGACGGACUAGUGAAUGGAACCACGGGGGUACUGACUGCGAUUGAUUUUGCAGUCAAUCCAACUACCGGUGAGAGAAGACCAUUACGCAUUUGGAUAUGUUUCGAUGACGUAAAUAUAGGCAAAUUAAAAAGAAUUCAGAGCUCAACAUCCCUCACUCGUUAUCAAACACGGCUAAAAAAUAAUUGGACUCCAAUAGAGCCAGUUACGUACACUGUGAAAAGGUACAAAUCUUCAAACUUACAAGUGCGUCGCAGUCAAUUCCCAGUAGUUCCCGCUGAAGCUGUUACUAUACAUAAAAGUCAGGGUUCCACCUUAGAAAAAGUUGUAGUACAUUUAAAGCCCAAUAUUUUAAGAUCUAUGUUAUACGUCGCCUGCUCACGUGCCACUAGCUCAAAAGGUUUAUUCAUUGUUACCGAGACCUUUCGUCCUCCACGUCCACCAUCUGAGCAUGAUUCCGUCGUAACGGAAAUGCGAAAAUUAAAAUUAAAUCCCCUGAUUCCCAUAUAUCGCUUUUUAAGAGAGCCCCGCAGUUCCUGCCAAAUUAUGUUCCAUAACGUACAAUCUCUACGUAAACACUUGCAGGAUGUAGUAACCGAUCCGCAGACGAUGGCAUGCGACAUUUAUUUAGCCGUAGAAACUUGGAGUUGCCUUCAAGAUUUAUUCAAUAUGAAUAAUUUUGAAGAAAUAGUUCGAACAAAUGGCCCGAAACAGUAUUCUGCAAACCCCGGCUUUGGUGUAUCUGCAAUGAUAAAACAUAAUCUAGAAUAUUCCAACCCACGAUCUUACAGUGAAAUUUCCGGAACUGAGCACUGUGAAGCAGUAUCUUUUGAAGUAAAUAAUGUGAAAAUAGUAGCCUUAUAUAGAUCAUGCAAAUGCCCCAACAGCGUCGCAGUGGGUUUUAUAAGUAAUUUACUGUCGCAUAAUAGUUCUUGCAUUAUAUUUGGAGAUUUUAACGAAGACUACCUUAGUAACAGCAAUACUGCAGUAUUUAAAUUACUAAAUGAUGCUGGUUAUCACUCCAUGUUACAACCCCUACCCACUACUCGUGGUGGGACUCAAAUAGACAACAUUUUCUCGAACUUUCCAUGUGUGGUUGGAAUCUAUAACUCUUUUUUUAGUUAUCACCGUCCUUUGUGGGCCCGUUUUUAG